UGCUUUUGCGUCAUCACCGCGUGCCCUCCCGCCUUUGGGCUUUCAAGCUCCCCGGCGCGCGAGCAGAGCUGCAUCCCCACAGAAGGGAUCUGCGUGCCCCGUGUCGCCUCUCCGUUCCGUCAUGUUCCCGGGCGUCUCCUCUCCGCGGACACCUGGGCCCGGGACCCGAAGGGGCCCGCUGGGCGGAGUCGGACCCGGCUCCACGCCCCGGGCGACUAGCAGAAAAGGUCUGUCACUAGGGUCGGCAGUCAGCUCCCCGGUGCUCUUUUCGCCGGUCGGCCGGCGUAGCUCGCUGAGCUCGCGAGGAACACCUACACGAAUAUUGCCACACCACUGUGUAACUGAGUCUAUGAACUAUGAUGUGAAAACAUUUGGAUCUUCUCUUCCUGUUAAAGUAAUGGAAGCCUUGACAUUGGCUGAAGUUGAUGAUCACUUGACUGUUCACAUAGAUGAAGGAGGAUGGGCUUGUCUGGUCUGCAGAGAGAAACUCAUUAUUUGGAAGAUUGCUCUGUCACCUAUUACUAAGUUAUCUGUUUGCAAAGAACUUCAGCUGCCGCCUAGUGACUUCCCUUGGAGUGCUGACUUGGUGGCUCUCUCUUAUCCUGAUACUGCAGGUGAAGCACAUUCUACUCAGGCUAUUGCUGUCAUGGUUGCCACCAGAGAAGGAUCCGUCCGUUACUGGCCAAGCCUUGCUGGUGAAGAUACCUACAUGGAGACCUUUGUAGAUUUGGGAGGUGAUAAGACUUACAGUUUCCUAACAGCAGUGCAGGGAGGAAGUUUUAUUUUGUCCUCAUCGGGAAGCCAGCUGGUUCGGCUGAUACCUGAUAGUUUAGGAAAGAUUCAUCAACACAUUCUGCCUCAAGGACAAGGGAUGCUUUCAGGAAUUGGUCGGAAGGUUUCUUCUCUUUUGGGAAUUUUAUCUCCCAGUAGUGAUCUCAUCCUUUCAAGUGUCCUUUGGGAUAGAGAGAGAGCAAGCUUUUAUAGCCUGACAAGUUCAAACAUCAGUAAAUGGGAAUUGGAUGAUUCUUCAGAAAAACAAGCACAUAGUUGGGAUCUAAAUAGAGUCCUGAAGGAAAACAUUACUGAUGCUAUUUGGGGAUCUGAAAGUAACUAUGAAGCUAUUAAAGAAGGGGUCAACAUUCGGUAUUUGGAUUUGAAGCAAAACUGUGAUGGGCUCCUGAUUUUGGCAGCCGCAUGGCACCCAGCAGACAAUCCAUGUCUCAUCUAUUACUCUCUGAUAACAGUAGAAGAUAAUGGCCACCAAAUGUCUGAUGCAGUAACUGUGGAAGUCACUCAGUGCAAUCCACCUUUUCAGUCUGAAGACUUGAUUAUGUGUCGGUUGAUGGUCCCAAACUUUUCAAAUCAGACUGCCUAUCUGUACACUGAAAGUGCUGUCUACGUGUGCGCCACAGGAACUGGGAAGUUUUCUCUUCCUAGGGAGAAAAUUGUCUUUAAUACACAAGGAGAUAGUAUUUUAGGAGCUGGUUCCUGCGGUGGUUUUCCUAUCCUUUUUUCUAGAAACAGUGGGUUGGUGUCUAUUACUUCAAGGGAGGGUGUGUCUAUAUUAGCAGAAGACCUUGAAGAUUCCCUAGCAUCUUCAGUUGCUGGACCCAGCAAUGAGAGUAUGGUUUUUGAGCCUUCUACAAAGAAUGAAACCAUAGUCCAAGAGGAUAAAACCAAACUGUUAAAAGCUGCUUUUCUGCAAUAUUGCAGAAAAGAUCUAGGUCAUGCUCAAAUGAUGGUUGAUGAGCUCUUUUCCUCCCGUUCUGAUUUGGAUUCUGAUUGUGAACUAGACAGAGCUGUUACACAAAUCAGUGUGGAUCUGGUGGAUGACUACCCAGCGUCUGACCCACGGUGGGCUGAGUCUGUGCCUGAGGAAGCACCUGGGUUUAGCAAUACCUCACUGAUUAUUCUUCACCAGUUAGAAGACAAGAUGAAAGCCCAUUCUUUCCUUAUGGACUUUAUUCACCAAGUUGGCUUAUUUGGACGUCUUCACACUUUUGCAGUAAGAGGGAUGCCCAUGGCAACUCGACUGUUGCUCUGCGAGCAUGCCGAGAAGUUAUCAGCCGCCAUUGUUCUCAAGAACUACCACUCAAGGCUCUCUGACCUGGUGAACACAGCAAUAAUGAUUGCUUUAAACAAGAGAGACUGUGAAAUCCCAUCCAACCUGACUCCCGCAGACGUCUUUUUUAGAGAAGUGUCCCAGGUAGACACUGUCUGUGAGUGCUUGCUCGAGCAUGAGGAGCAGGUCUUAAAGGAUACAUCAUUGGAAUCCGUUGAAUGGGCUGAGGUGGUCAUCAAUGUGAACAGUAUUCUUAAGGACAUGCUACAAGCUGCUAGUCAUUAUCGACAAAAUAGAAACUCCUUAUAUAGAAGAGAAGAGCCACCAGAACAAGAACCUGAAUAUGUUCCUUGGACGGCAACAAGUGGUCCUUCAGGCAUCCGAACAGUAAUAGAACGCCAGCAUGGGAUUGUCCUGAAAGUGGUUUAUCCUCAGGCAGACAGCAACCUCCGAAACAUUCUGACGGAGCAGCUGGUGGCACUGAUUGAUUGCUUCCUGGAUGGUUAUGUUUCCCAGCUGAAGUCUCUGGACCGAUCUGGUGAUCAAGAAAGAUACAACAGUCUGGAGAUGGAGUACCUCCAGAAGAGAUCAGAUCUCUUAUCUCCACUUCUCACACUAGGCCAGUACCCGUGGGCUGCUUCAUUAGCAGAAAAGUACUGUGACUUUGAUAUCUUAGUACAGAUGUGUGAGCAGACAGACAACCAGGCCAGACUCCAGCGCUACAUGACCCAAUUUGCUGAUCAGAAUUUUUCAGACUUUCUCUUCCGUUGGUAUCUGGAGAAAGGAAAGCGAGGCAAAUUAUUAUCUCAGCCCAUUUCUCAGCAUGGAGAGUUGGCGAAUUUUUUGCAGGCUCAUGAACAUCUCAGCUGGUUACAUGAAAUUAACAGCCAAGAAUUAGAAAAGGCUCAUGCAACACUUCUGGGUUUGGCAAACAUGGAAACUCAUUACUUUGCAAAGAAGAAAACCCUUCUGGGUUUGAGUAAAUUGGCUGCAUUGGCUUCAGACUUUUCAGAGGAUAUACUGCAGGAAAAAAUUGAAGAAAUGGCUGAGCAGGAGCGCUUUCUACUGCACCAGGAGACCCUGCCUGAACAGCUGCUGGCGGAGAAACAGCUCAGUCUCAGCGCCAUGCCGGUGCUGACUGCCCCUCAGCUCAUCAGCCUGUAUAUCUGUGAAGAAAACAGAAGAGCUAAUGAAUAUGAUUUCAAGAAAGCUUUGGACCUGCUGGAAUAUAUUGAUGAGGAGGAAGAUGUAAAUACAAAUGAUCUAAAACUGGAAAUCCUUUGCAAAGCUCUUCAGAGAGAUAACUGGUCCAGUUCAGAUGGUAAGGAUGAUCCAAUUGAAGUAUCUAAAGACAGUAUAUUUGUGAAAAUCUUACAGAAACUUUUAAAAGAUGGCAUUCAGCUCAGUGAGUACCUUCCAGAGGUGAGAGACCUCCUGCAGGCAGACCAGCUCGGAAGCCUGAAGUCUAAUCCUUACUUUGAGUUCGUUUUGAAAGCAAACUAUGAAUAUUACGUUAUGGGGCAAAUGUAACUUUUUCUAAAAAUGGUCACUGUUCCUGAAAAUGUGUGGAAGCAUGUCCUUAUAAAAAUCUUAGGCCUUAAACAUCUAAAAAUUUGUACAGUUUUAUAACACAUAUUGCUAAAUUUUGUAUACUUUAUUUGAAAGCUGCUACAAAACAGCUGUAAGGCUGACUGUAGUUUUGGUUUUUUUGUUACAAGAUCUUUUCUCUCCUCUUUUUCCAUCUAAGAUGUAGCACUUGUUAUUUCCGUGCUUGCUACCCUUCCUUUCUCCUAUCUGCUGGGGGUUCUGGGAUUCUUACUCUGGUUCUGCCUGCUUAUAUGCACAGAGCACUUCUCGGCCUCAGUUUCUGUAACUCUAAACAUGACCAGAGUGCACGGAUUGUCUCUGAAAUGGCUGUGACUCUGCACUGAAGAGAUCUGGAGUAUUGAUAUCUGUUUUGAUUGGGGCUAGUGGGCAAUAUGUAGUAAGGUAGAUGUCAGAUUUGCUGACUUGGUGUAGGACUAAAAGACUAAACAAGGAGUAAUUCAUGUGAGCUUGAGAACGGAUUAGUUCAUUGGGAAAAUGUUAAAUAUUUCUACAUAAAUAAUUGAGUAUUAAUGAGAGGAACAAGACCCUUAAGUGUUUUCUAGCCUAUCUAUAAGUUACCAAUAAGUUUAUAGUAUUAGUGUUAGUUACAGUCUUCCAGUAUGUAGAUUCCAUUAGCUUCGUGUAUUUUCAAGGUGAUUUGCACUGAAUUCCAGCUUUACCACAGUCUAACGAAUGUAAAGCAUGUGUUAUGCUAGAAGCCAUUAUAGGUUUUCUUAAUAUGGCAUCUGAUCUCCUGAAAAGUAGUGAUUCCCAAAGCUUCAUUGUUCUGACCAGUGUCAUCACUCAGUUUUUAAUCAGCUUUAAAUAAAGACUAGAGAUUGGAUAGGGAGGUGCUGGCAUAUUCAGAUUCUGGCCCAGUUGAAUGCUCACUAAAGAACUUGCUCCGACAGCUGAAAAGGUCAGAAGUUAAAUAUGGUGAAGAGAGGCCGGUUCCUGGUUUCACGAAGUACAGCCGUCUGUGUCCUCUUCCUUCCAGCUUCACAUGCAGCCUUUGAACACAUUGUCAAGGAGAGGUUAAUGGAGCUCAUUACAUUAAUAACCAGAGGAAAGACACUAGCAGCCUUGUCUUCUUUUUGCAGCUUGUAUGCGGGGACAGCAUCAGGGUCCAGGUUAGGAACCUAAUGAAGGGUGUUAAGGGAAGUUAGGAAGAACUUGUCAGAUGGCAGGUAAGAAAUUGCUAAAAUUCUCUUCUUACAGGACAAGGCUUUGGUUUUCUAUUGACAUUAGCAAUUCUUAGCUGUAUGAUCCUUGUACGUAAUAAUGUACUAUGGGGACACAGCAUUGUGCCCCCUUCAACGUGCUGCCACAAAUCUAAUAAUACCUAGUGUGAUAGGAAGGCCAGUCUGAGAGUCACCCUGGCCCCGUCGAUGGCAUGAUUUUGCAUUACUGCUGUCACGUUGUAAUGCAAAGUCGUCUUAUUUUGAGGGAGGGGAAGGCUCAUUCUUCUAGCUCUGUCUUGUCGUCAGUAGCCUAGCACUGAAAUGGUUGGAUUUUUUUAAAUUAGUAAUAGUAAAAUUAAGGCCUAAGAUUUUGAAUAAUUUUUCUAAAUUAAAAUUUUACAACAUAGUCUUUCCCAAAGAAUUGAUUUUUAUAUAAAUUGAGUAAUGAAUAAAGACACAAAAAGUGAGCAUGUUUUCUAAGGAAAGAGAAACUUUACUGACUUGGGAAAGUUGUUUUUUUUUUUUUUU